AUUUUAAUCCAAUUAUUAUUUACAUUACUAUUUUAUAUACAUAUAUUGAGUCGUAGCAGGUCCAUGGCCCAAGGGUUCCCAGUGUGGGUACAAGUUUCAGUGGGUGCCAGCAGCUUCUCUACCCAAGCCUAAAUGCAUAAUGGUGGGUAAAUAAACUUCAAUGGGUGCUGAGCGCAGAGUGGGUGAUACAUUAGAGUGUAAGCUCAGCUGCGGCAGAGAGGGGUGUGGCUGAACAUUGUCAGCAAUGUGAUGUACAAUUGGGUUCAAUAUAAGUGAAGGGCGGAUAAUUAUUAGGUGUCCCACAAACACAAUGAUGCCCGGACACUGCCAUUGAGUGCACACAUGAGAUCAUGCCAACAGCACCAAUUAUGGACACCUUUCAUCCUUGCUGUUCCCUACCCGGAACUAUUUCCACUACGGCGCCCAACUGGAUCAUUAUUCCUUCCUGAUAUAUUUCUUAUAUAAAGCGGGGAGCCAGGGGGUUACCCAGCAGCGCCUGCAGACCGGUCUAUUCCAGGAUGACUUGAUGGAUUUCUCAGAGAUCCCUUUGUCUUGCAGAUUCCGUGCAGCCUCUUGACGGCUGGGUAGGACUGAUGACCUCAUCCCAUGCAGCGGCAGCCAAUCGCAUUCCUCCGCUCCCGGAGCCAGAAGGGAGUUUAAAGCGUUGGGUCCAAUAAGGAAAUGUCUGUCUGCGUUGCCAUGACAACGGGGAUGUAUAUAAGAGUCUGUGUUGGACCAUGUGUUGCAGGUUCUCUUACAUCGACCCCCUUAGAGUCGCACUGUAAGAACGCACCCAUCUUCUCCUUCCUCUUUCUCUCCUCUCUGCAGUCCCAAACCAACAAACAUGCGUGAGUGCAUCUCUAUCCACGUUGGUCAGGCUGGUGUGCAGAUCGGCAAUGCCUGCUGGGAACUCUAUUGUCUGGAACAUGGCAUCCAACCUGAUGGGCAGAUGCCCAGUGAUAAGACCAUUGGAGGAGGGGACGACUCCUUCAACACCUUUUUCAGUGAAACUGGAGCAGGAAAGCAUGUCCCCAGGGCUGUCUUUGUAGACUUGGAACCCACUGUCAUUGAUGAGGUGCGCUCUGGCACAUACCGCCAACUGUUCCACCCAGAGCAGCUCAUCACUGGAAAGGAAGAUGCUGCCAAUAAUUAUGCCCGUGGCCACUACACAAUUGGCAAGGAGAUCAUUGACCUGGUGCUGGACAGGAUCCGCAAACUGGCUGACCAGUGCACAGGUCUACAGGGUUUCCUGGUGUUCCACAGCUUUGGUGGUGGCACUGGUUCUGGAUUCACCUCCCUGCUGAUGGAGCGUCUUUCUGUUGAUUAUGGAAAGAAGUCCAAGCUUGAGUUUUCUAUCUAUCCAGCUCCUCAAGUUUCCACAGCUGUUGUUGAGCCCUACAACUCUAUCCUCACCACCCAUACCACCCUGGAACACUCUGACUGUGCUUUCAUGGUAGACAAUGAGGCCAUUUAUGAUAUCUGCCGCAGAAACCUAGAUAUUGAACGCCCAACCUACACCAACCUAAACAGGCUUAUAGGUCAGAUUGUGUCUUCUAUCACAGCCUCUUUAAGGUUUGAUGGAGCCCUGAAUGUAGAUCUCACAGAGUUCCAGACCAACUUGGUGCCCUAUCCCCGUAUUCACUUCCCUCUUGCCACUUAUGCCCCUGUCAUCUCUGCAGAGAAAGCUUAUCAUGAGCAGCUUUCUGUUUCUGAGAUUACAAAUGCCUGCUUUGAGCCAGCUAACCAGAUGGUGAAAUGUGACCCUCGUCAUGGUAAAUAUAUGGCUUGUUGCCUGUUGUACCGUGGUGAUGUGGUACCUAAAGAUGUAAAUGCAGCUAUUGCCACCAUCAAGACAAAACGUACCAUCCAGUUUGUGGACUGGUGCCCAACUGGUUUCAAAGUUGGUAUCAAUUAUCAGCCCCCAACUGUGGUUCCAGGAGGAGACCUGGCCAAGGUGCAGCGUGCUGUGUGUAUGCUGAGCAAUACCACUGCAAUUGCUGAGGCCUGGGCUCGUCUGGACCACAAGUUUGAUCUCAUGUAUGCCAAGCGUGCCUUUGUGCACUGGUAUGUGGGUGAGGGUAUGGAAGAGGGUGAGUUCUCUGAGGCCCGUGAAGACAUGGCUGCCCUGGAGAAGGAUUAUGAGGAGGUUGGUGUAGACUCUGUGGAAGGAGAGGGUGAAGAGGAAGGAGAAGAAUAUUAAAUGUCAAAACGGUGCUGUUUUUUACAGGGAACUUAAAACCAUCCAAAAGAAUACAAAAUGUUUGGUCAAUUUGUUUUUAUGUAGCUAGUUUCUAUGAUAUGUGUUUGCUACAUUAAACUGAUUUGGUCCAAAACACUUGAAACUCUUGAGACAGAUCCAGUCAGUUAUUUCUGCUGUGGGUUUGUUAAUAAACACAUUCCCUGUCAUACAGAA